AUGUCUGCUGGCGUGGACCAAUUUCGAGCCCAGCAAAGUGUGGCAAAUGGGCCCAUGCCACUGAUUGAGACUUUCGACAUGCCCAGUUGUGGUACCUCCCCUGUGAAUGAUGCCAGGUCUUCUCUGGAUAUUCUCAAGCACCUAUGUGAGCAAAGCCAGUGGACAUGGACCGAGGGCAUGCUCAUUCUGGGCUGCCUCCAGUAUGCCGUGGAGCACCAUAUUGAAGCCAUCGCAAACAUGGCAGCUGCAUUCUACUGCUUGGACCGCCAUGAAGAGGCAGAACACCACUGGAUCCGUGCAAUACAGCAGAAGCCCAGCUACCUGGAAGCUGUUGAGCAUCUAGUUGGGCUUCUUUACAAGAAGCGCAGUGAAAAAGCAAUUGACGUUAUAUGCUACGUUCAAAAGGCUCUCGUAGCUGCUAGGCAACCCGUACCAGCAAGCCUCACUUCCCAGGACCACAUCUCCGCGGAUCGCACAUUCGACCCCCAAAUGAUCAAUAUGCAGCCCUCGCGAUACACAUUCGAAUUAUCUCCGGGCGGCUAUGGCUCCAGUGGAUAUAGUUUACCUGGAAGUGAGAAUGGUCGAAUCCUUGCUCUGAUCCACGCGAAAGGCACUAUGCUCUAUGGGCUCAAAGAUGUGGAUGGUGCCGCUCGAGCGUUCGAAGAAGCAGUACUAAUCAGCGUCGGGCGAAAUAGCAAGGGAAUUCGCGAACUGGUGCGCGGUAUUCAGGACUCCCUCUCCCAAGUCGCCCCCCCGACGGCUGCUGCCCAGCCACUGUUGCUUGCCCCUGACAAGGCCCGUCACGCUGCUCGCCUUCUGUUUGGUGGUGAAGGAGAACUUCCUGGGUUACGGUGGGUGAACGACUUUACUCCCAGGAGGGCUGCUGUUCAAACGACAAGUAACUCGCUGCUGUCGUUGGCAAAAAUAUUCCAAGACUCCAUGGCCAGUGGUUCGUCGAGCUCCACACUGGCGCGUCCGUCUUCUGGUGUUGGUGAUAUACUAGCUCUCUACUACCUCUCGUUGUCUCUGCAAGAAAGCCCAUCGACCGCCAACAAUGUGGGUAUCCUGCUCGCAAGCAUACCUCAAACAACCUCAAACCCUGACCGUUCGCCAUCGCACGGCCAAACAAGUAUUCCAGGGAUACUCCCCGGGAGCGGCCUUGCUCUUGCACUGGCGUACUAUAAUUACGGCCUUCGCCUGGAUCCAAAGCACGUUCAUCUGCACACCAAUCUUGGAAGUCUGCUAAAGGAUGUUGGGCAACUUGACCUGGCCAUCCAAAUGUAUGAACGCGCUGUUGCGUGCGAUGGCACUUUUGACAUAGCCUUGACAAAUCUUGCCAAUGCCGUCAAAGACAAAGGUCGCAUAAGUGAAGCUAUUGGUUAUUAUCGUCGAGCUGUUUCCGCCAAUCCUGGGUUUGCUGAAGCUGUAUGCGGCUUAUUCACGGCACUCAAUUCAGUUUGCGACUGGAAAGGUCGCGGUGGGGUGUUCUUAUACCUAGGAAAGUAUGAUAGAUGGCACGUUAACGAUGGUGGCCUAUUGCUUGACGCAGCGACCACGAAAUCUGCAUCAGGCCUGAGCAAACGUGUUGUGGAUAUAGUGCGUCAACAGCUGGACGAUGCCUCGCACUGGGGCCGAGACGUUGUCAACAAGUCCUUGAUUCAACUUUUGACACAGCAUCUUUCUCAUCUCUGCACUGAUUCCUCAUUCGAUCUUGAGAAGAACUUGCAAAACUGGAUGGGUUCCCGGUGGGCAGGUUCGCGACUUGUACGGCUUCUUGAAAGAGCUGCCAAAGUCUUGCUCAGAAAAUGGUAUAUCGACCGCCAUAUCGAAUGCAAAAGAGCAACCUUGAUUUACUCUCGGCCUCGACUUCCGCCAUCCUUGAGUGUACCGUCGGCGCCUACUGUCCUCCCAUUUCAUACAUUUACCUCUCCAUUGACUGCGAAGGAAGUCAGGGUCAUCUCGCAACGAAAUGCAAUGCGCAUAUCGUGCGCAACACUGCGAGCACCGUGGCUUCCUGAGUCCAUUCUUCCUCCACCAGCACCACCAAGCCCCCGUCUUCACGUUGGAUACGUCUCCUCUGAUUUUAACAACCACCCCUUGGCGCACCUAAUGCAAUCAGUUUUCGGGUUUCACGACGCGGAGCGGGUGCGCGCCUUCUGCUACGCAACAACACCAAGUGACAAAUCUAGCUACCGGGCGCAAAUUGAGAAGGAGGCGCCCGUUUUCAGAGAUGUUAGCAGCUGGGCUCCGGAGCGCUUGAUAAAACAAAUCAGCAAUGACGGCAUUCACAUUCUAGUAAACCUCAAUGGUUAUACUCGCGGUGCUAGAAACGAGAUAUUCGCUUCGCGGCCAGCGCCAGUCCAAAUGUCGUUCAUGGGCUUCGCAGGCACCCUCGGGGCCGAAUGGUGCGAUUACAUCCUGGCAGACACUACUGCUAUACCCCCGAGUACCUUGCGCCCGUGGCGCCAGAACCGAACACUGGAAGACGUUUUCCAUGAUGACUCUGAGGCAGAUUCCGGGGAGUGGAUGUACACGGAAAACAUCAUCUUCUGUCGUGAUACAUUUUUCUGCUGCGAUCAUGCCCAAUCAUCACCCGUCACGGAAAGAAGUAUGACUUGGGCUGAUGAGCAAAAUCGACGAUGGUCAAUGCGGAGGGAACUAUUCCCUGAUUUAAAAGACGAUACAAUCAUACUGGCGAAUUUCAAUCAGCUUUAUAAGAUUGACCCGAGUACAUUUAGAUCAUGGCUCAGAAUCCUGGCACAGAUACCAAAUGCGAUACUUUGGCUCCUGCGGUUUCCAGAAGCCGGCGAAGCAAAUCUACGGCGGACGGCAGAGCUAUGGGCUGGCCACGAGGUGGCUAGCCGCUUGGUGUUUACGGAUGUUGCUCAAAAGAGCCAACACAUAUCACGUGCCCGGAUCUGCGACUUAUUCCUCGACACUCCAGAGUGCAAUGCUCAUACUACUGCGGCAGACGUCCUAUGGUCCAGCACGCCACUGCUUACUUAUCCUCGCUACCCGUAUAAAAUGUGCUCUCGCAUGGCAGCUUCUAUCCUGAGGGGUGCAUUGCCCAAGUCACGCGAGGGCCAACGCGCCGCUGAUGAACUAAUCGCCACGUCCGAGAAACUAUAUGAGAAGUCAGCCAUCGAGCUAGCUGCCGGAUUGUCACACUCGCGUACUCCUUCCGGUGAGAUUACGAGUAGUGGUCGACUAGCCGAGAUCCGUAAAUUGCUAUGGCAAAGCAAGUGGACAUGCGGUCUUUUCGACACCCGCCGCUGGGUCCGAGACGUUGAAACUGCGUACGAGGAGGCCUGGAAGCGCUGGGAAAGUGGAGAGGGUGGUGAUAUUUAUUUGUAA